CGUGAUCCAGAAAAGUGCGUUUUAGAAUGAUUACUGGUGGCCAGAGGAGAGGCAGAUUAUACGGCUCCACACAACUGUUGUUUUAAUCCCCUGGGCGAGGAGAUUUAGCAAAGAAAAACACUGGUUUUAAACCCAGCAGCCAUAUUGUAUGGAAAAACGACGGAAAGACUCUUUUCAGAAAAAGUCGUUUUCUCAGAUACCUCUGUCAAGACUUUUGAGGAGUUUAAUUGUUUUUCUUUCUGGCGGUGGGUUUCUGCCGGACAGCUAGCUUGCCAGCUGGCUGAGGAAUUCAGAGAUUGGGACUGGUUUUUGAGCCAUUUUACACAAUAUUGUGGUUGUCUCUUUGGUUUAAAGGUGUUAAAUUAACCGUCUAAAACAUGAAGGACCGAUUGGAGCAACUUAGAGCGACGUGUGAUCAAGAUGACGACGAGGUGGAGAUUGCUGUGGACAACGCAGCCUUCAUGGACGAGUUCUUCGGUCAGAUUGAGGACAUCAGGAACAGUAUUGAUAAAAUUGAUAACAACGUGGCUGAAGUCAAAAAGCUUUACUCGGUCAUCCUAUCUGCCCCCACAUCAGAUCAGAAAACACAGGAUGACUUGGAGGCAAUCACCAAUGACAUAAAGAAGAUGGCCAACAAUGCAAGAAACAAACUCAAGACCAUCGAGAGGAAUCUGGAGUCAGAAGAGCAGGAGAGGGUGUCAGCUGACAUGCGGAUACGUAAAUCACAGCAUGCAGUGCUGUCCAGGAAGUUUGUGGAGGUAAUGACAAAGUAUAAUGAAGCCCAGGUGGACUUCAGGGAGAGGAGUAAAGGACGUAUUCAGAGACAGCUAGAGAUCACUGGAAAAGCAACAACAGAUGACGAACUAGAGGAGAUGCUGGAGAGUGGCAAUGCUGCUGUGUUUACUGCAGGGAUUGUGGACUCUGGGAUUUCUAAACAAGCCCUGAGUGAGAUUGAAGCCAGACACAAAGACAUUGUCCGUCUUGAAAGUAGCAUCAAGGAACUGCACGAUAUGUUUGUAGACAUCGCCAUGCUGGUGGAGAGCCAGGGUGACAUAGUAGACAACAUAGAGCAGAAUGUAUCUAAGUCAGUGGACCAUAUAACAGUGGCUAAGGAACAGACCAAGAAAGCUGUAAAGUACCAGACCAAAGCACGCAAGAAAGUGGUGAUAAUAGUGGUGGUUGUGCUGGUCUUGCUGGCCUUACUAGCUCUCAUAAUCGGGUUGUCAGUUGGAUUGAAGCGAAGCUGAUGAGCUAUUUGAAUAAGAGGAGAGCUAAGGAAGGUGAUCAUUAUCGGUGCAGUCUGUGCUGUGGUUGUUGUCAUCCUCCUCAUCAUCAUCCUCACCCAGACACUAUAGCAGGGCCGCUGUCUAGUCAGUUUAUUCAUCAUCCACACUCCAUCCUAUCCUCUAUCAGCUGGUGCGCCAAAGAAAAAACUGAUAGUGAUCUCUCCUGCAGAUGUACAACUCAUCAAUUAAAAACAACAACUGAAAGACUAGUGCUACAUUAGACCUCUGGGGAAAAGAACAUCUACAAGACUUGUAAUAGUUAUAAAAACGUUUUGACUUUUGUCCAAUCAGAACAGCCCUUCCUGGUCUGUGAGGGUCUGUUUGACUCUCUCAGGUGGUUCGGACAGUUUGAGGAUGCUCUGCUGCAAAUGAGGAAAUGAGACUGAAGCUGACAUGAGGUACAAUACGUAUUGUAUCUCUGCCAAGGGGAACGGGAAUUGAAAAAUACCUGAUCAUAACGUCACUCCAGUGUCACUAAACAUUUCAUUGUUCAACAUUCGAUGCCAAAGAAUCAGCCUGGCAAUGUUUGUCAUCUGAAAUGCAUUUUCAGUAAGUCCUUGUGAAGCUUUGUAGAUCACCUCCCGUAUCAUUAUUUCUUGCCUUUAUGAGCCUUGACACAUUUUGUGAUUGAAAAGCUAGCUACUGUAUGUUCACUGUAUUGGGAUUUUGUUGGUUUUGGGGAGUUCCAGCACUUUCACAUUUCAAAAUAUGUCUUAUUUCUGUAAUUAAGCGCAGAUGAUCAUGUAAAUAAUAGUUAUUAUUUUGUGUGUUGUCGAUAUCUAGCCCUGAAUAUGGCUCAGUUUUUAAACUUGAAGAGGAUCCGUGUGCUCACUUAUGAUUCUUCAAUUCAGAGAGCCCAGUGGUUCUGAUUUUAAAUGUGAAGGAUGGUGCUUAUGUUUCACGGAUAGGUGGAGCUAAGAUAAGCAAACACUGCAACAUCUGGGAGAAAGGCAUGAAUAUUUGUUUUGUACCUUUACUAACCUGGUAAAAUGUUAGCCAUCCAACAUUAGAAACACCUCUCAGUAUAAGAGUUUAGAGUUCACCAGCACCACUAAGUACAACCUCCAAAAAGACCAUUAAAGUUAAAUCAACACAUAUCUAAAACAGUUUCAACAAAAGCUGAACCUUUGUGUUUUUUCUAGUUUUAGUACAUAUUUUCAGAAAACGUUGACUUGAUCUGUCCCUGACGAAGCCUGAUUUGUUGUAUUAUAUAAAUAUAUGAGAAUGUUGUCAGUAAACCAAACUAAAUAAAGGUAGGGGUUAUUGCAGGGCUGUUGUAUUAGACUACAUUAGUUUUAGCUAGGUGUAUCUAAUAAAUUGGCAACUGAGUUUAAGUCUACUUGGUCACCAUCAUUUAAUUUGGCCUUUUCUUGGUAGAGUUAAUGUGCCUAACUGACAGUUUAUUGAACCACAGUGCACAUGUUGUUACCCAGUGGCUUUAAUAUGACAAAUAAAGCAACGGGUAUUGACCACAUCUAGGGGAUUUGUAGUGCAAAGACAAUUUGUAAAAACAUCAUGUGCAUUAAGUGGGCCAUCACUGGUUGUAUGGGGAGCACUUGAAAGUGCGAGCCCCCCCACCUUGGUCUUUGGACCAUGCAGUCUGCUCUUUUGGCUUCUGUCCUAAAAUGUUCAACCCUAAUGCUUGUAUUUAAGCUUUUUUUUCUUAACACCACUUUAGCCAUCAGCACAGGCUGCAACAAGAGAAAGAAGACAAAACUGAAGCUGUUGUACACUGUUUUAAAUUAAGGUUCCAGUGAUUUUAAAGGAAAUUAAAGAUUUUAUGUUUUUUAAUGACUGGUUGAGUGUUUCCUUGGGAUCUCAUGCAUGUCUUUCCCUGCUGCCCUUUGUGAGUGACAGGAUGUAAAUAUGUAACUGAAUUUUUACACUUUUUGAUAACUAUGUUAUGGAAGAGCUAUGUGAGUGUUUGUUUUUUAUGGAUCAGUCAGCAGAUUGUUGACACAACAUGUUAACCACUGUGUUGCAACGUACAAGUGCAAGUGUCAAAGAGGAGGUAAGAUAGUUUUUAAAAAAAAAAAUCACUUUUCCUCUACACACACACACACACACACUCUCUCUCUCUCUCUCUCUCUCAACCCUGUGUAACCCUUUGUUCUCCUUUUGCUCAAUCAUUUCUUCCAUAAAUGUGAAUAAUCGCAUUGUGUUUGGCUGCGUUUGUGUAGACUUAUGAAUUAAAGCCUAAUUCCAAUGACAGCUUGUGUCUGACAACUGUCUAUGUUUGAUUAAAUCUACAGAAAAAGAUGAUGAUUACAUUGUGCUGUGCCAUCAUUGGAAUCGUUGUGUUCUCCUAUCUCUACAGCUUCUUCUCAUAAAAGGUUUUACACAGGUAAAACACCUGCAUCAGCCUGUAGCUCAGUGACUUCUGUUCUUUUACACUACAUGUUGAAUUAAUGUCCUUUUUUUUGUCUUUGUGUAGUCUGUCUAGGAAAGAGGGUUUCAAGAAAAAGAACAUUUCCUGAGGUGCUCCCCCUAUUUUUACCCUGACCAUUAUUUGAAUCUUUUAAAAUCUAAUAAAAUAUCAAAAAAAUAAAUUGAACCAUAUCAGUCCUGUGCACUUGCCCUUCUAUUAAUCAUUUGACUUUAAAUAAUGUUCUUGCUGUAUGAAGUGUUUGAAAAACAUGUUAUAAAUGUGUAGAUUUUUCUCAGUCUGCCUGGCUCAGUCAGCCAGAUAAUUGUGGACCAAUCUGGUCGACUGUAGUCUACCGCCUCCUGGUGGUGCAUAGAGGGGACAGUCAUAUUUAGAGAAAUUAGAGAAAUAAUCAGGAAGUUAAGUGACUGAAAUGAAGGAUUAAUUUUCACUUUAAGUAAAAAUGCAUGAAGAUGAUUUUUGUGCUGCCUAGGCUCCAAAAGUCCAUUCUUGCACAUACUUUAUGCCCUGGUCAAGAAAGAUCCAAUUAAGUAGUAUUUUCUGACUUGUUUGUUGUCAUAAUUUUAAUAAACUGUGGUUGAUUUUGUUGUGUGUGUGUGUGCUCUGUCUGUAUACGUCUGUGCUGCUGAAAUGCUUGUACUGAUGGUCUUUUCUGUAACAGCGGAUGUCGCUGCGCUCACUGGCUGUGUGUCAACCCAGUAAAGCCUGUUAUGUAAUAAAAUGUUUCUGUGCGUUGUA